AUGGAAAAUGCAAUGAAAGAGAGAGCUGCUAUCUUAGAGAAAAUCCUCUCGGAUUUAUUCAAAACAGUAGAGCAACCACCGGAAACCUUACUCAAAAAGAUAAGCAUCCACCAAGCUCUUGCCGCGAUGCCACAGAAAAUAGUUGCUCCAAGGAGCAUCAAGCCAAAUAUCGAUGCAAUAAUAGACAAGUAUGCUUCACAAGUUGAUGUUGUGGGGUUCAAAGAGAAUAUGAUAUGUCCAUUAUCACAGGGCCCAAUUAAGAAUCCAUGGAUGGGUGAAUGUGGACAUGUGUUUGAAGAAGCCUAUAUUAUUGAUUACAUGAAGAAAGACAAGACUCAAUAUUGCCCGAUUCAUGGAUGUGACAAAAGAUUAAUUCGAAGGAAUUUCAAAGUUCUAUAG